AUGAGGAAAAGCCAGCGCAGCCCGAAAUUAGAUCUCCACCUCGCGCUUGAGGCUAUCCUCGCGGUCGAUGUGGUCGGGCGCUUGAAGGAGGAGCAGGUGUGGCGUCAGAGGUGGGCCGCGGUGAAGGUGGUAACGGAAUCCUCGUCAUGUUCGUAUGAGCGGGAGGAGGACGGAGAUCUGGCUGCCGACCUGCUCGUCACAUCACCGGCCACGGGCGGCUCACCAUGUACCCCGCCGGACGGGACGGAGGCGGCCAGAGAAGGGGAACGGAGGGGGAGCGGAGGGGUAGAGCUGCAGUGCGGCGGCGAGGUCAUCCUCAACGCCAACCACUACCCGCCGUGCCUGGACCCCGGCCUCACCCUCGGCCUGCCGCCGCACUACGACCGGAACCUCAUCACCGUGCUCCUCCAGCCCGGGUACGUGUGCGGGCUCCAGGUCUCCUACGGCGGCGGGUGGAUCGACGUCGAGCCGGUGCCCGGCGCCCUCGUCAUCAACUUCGGCCACCAGCUUGAGAUCGCCACCAACGGGCUGCUCCGGAGCGUGGAGCACCGGGCCGUGCCCAACGCGGUGGUGGCCAGGACCUCGGUGGCGGCGUUCAUCAUGCCGACAAUGGAUUGCAUGGUGGAGCCCGCCAAGGAGCUCGUCGGCGAGGGCAGCCCGGCGAGGUACCGGAGCAUAACGUUUCGGGACUUCAUGCGCGUCUACAAGACCGUCGGCGCUCGCAGGGAGAGCGUCGACAAGGCCUUCAGGAUCUGA